UCAAAGCCACCCCAACGGAGAGACACACCGAGACGCCCCUGCCAUCGGGAGCCCUUCGGUCUUGACUCGGUUACGGAUUCGACUGAAAGGUGGAGGGCCCAGGGACGCAGGAAGCCAAGGAGUCGUCGCACGACUCGAAGGACGAGGCCGGACCGGACGUGGCCACAACCCUGAGCAACUUGUUCUCCGGACUUCCGGCUUUGGCGGGUCCCCAACGCCUCGCCAACUCCCUCAGGCAGAAGUUCGCCAAUAACUCCGGUUAUCCCCGGCCUGGCCUGAUGCUUGCCGCCCCAAUCGCGACGAUCUCUUCGUCACGGUCGCUCCCGAGGUCGCACGAAGUGAUCGCGUUUAGUUGUCGUUGAGCGUUCGAAGAAGGGGAUAUACGAAUCGAGGCGGAGCCAUGUCGACGACGAUACCGAUACUGAACAUCGAGCUAGGGGAGCUGAAGGAGUUCAUCUGGAUGAAGCUGCAGGAGCCGAAGGCUCAACGAAAGCUCGUCCUGGUGAUCGUCUCGAUAGCUCUGCUGCUCGACAACAUGCUCUACAUGGUGAUAGUGCCGAUCAUACCCGAUUACCUGAAAUACGUGGGCGCGUUUGGCGAGGAGGAGGAGCAAGAAGCAAACACCACAGGUCCACCGGUUCACCACGGCCAGGACUCCGCAACUGGCGUGUUGUUCGCGUCGAAGGCGAUCGUGCAGCUGAUGGUGAACCCGUUCUCCGGGGCACUGAUCGACAGAAUCGGCUACGACAUACCGAUGAUGGUAGGGCUGUCGAUAAUGUUCCUGUCCACCGCGGUGUUCGCCUGCGGCAGGAGUUACGGUGUUCUGUUCUUCGCCAGAAGCCUCCAGGGCGUCGGUUCCGCGUUCGCGGACACCAGUGGCCUGGCCAUGAUCGCUGAUCGCUAUACAGAGGAGUCAGAACGCUCGAAGGCGCUGGGUAUCGCGUUGGCGUUCAUCAGUUUCGGCUGUUUGGUCGCGCCCCCGUUCGGUGGCGCCCUCUACCAGUUCGCGGGCAAGGAGGUGCCUUUCCUGAUCCUGGCGUUCAUCAGCCUGGCGGACGGUUUCAUGCUACUGCUGGUCAUGAAGCCGCUGAAGGAGCAGUUGAAGGAGAGUCGGGGGGAUCACACGCCCUCGAUACCCAUUUGGAGACUCCUCAUGGACCCGUACAUCGCGGUGUGCGCGGGUGCUCUGAUGAUGUCGAACGUGGCUCUGGCCUUCCUGGAGCCUACCAUAUCCCUGUGGAUGGAGGACCACAUCACUCGUGACAACUGGAAGAUGGGGAUGAUCUGGCUACCAGCCUUCUUCCCCCACGUGUUCGGUGUGAUGAUCACCGUCAAGAUGGCCAAGCAGUAUCCCCAGCACCAGUGGCUGAUGGCUGCUGGUGGCCUGGCUCUGGAGGGCCUCUGCUGCUUCAUCAUACCCUUCUGCACCUCCUACAAAGUCCUCAUGAUCCCACUGUGCGGGAUCUGCUUCGGUAUUGCUCUCAUCGACACUGCUCUGCUGCCUACCUUGGGCUACCUGGUGGACGUGAGGUACGUGUCGGUCUACGGGAGCAUCUACGCCAUAGCUGACAUCUCCUACAGCGUGGCAUACGCGGUGGGACCCAUAAUAGCUGGAGGAGUCGUCGAAGCAAUUGGUUUUACCGCUCUGAACGUCGGGAUAGCCUUCUCCAACCUGCUCUACGCCCCUGUGCUGAUGUAUCUCAAGCACAUUUACGAUUUCAAGCCCUUCCAGUGCGAGGCUGACGUCCUCAUGCAGGAUCCUCCUGAUAAGGAGUACCAGACGUACGUCCUCCAGGAGCAGAGGCCACUUUCUGGUGAGAUUGGCAAUCAUCUUAAUCAGACUCGCAUGGAGACCAAUGUGGAUCAAGGGUACGACCAGAAUUACCAAGGCCAGGGCUACGAGCAGCCUGGAUACGCUCAGAACGUGAAUGCUCCAGGGUACAACCAGGCUGGAGGCUACGAGCAACCGCCCAUGUACGACCAACCGGCUAAUUAUAGCCAACAAGGCCAGGGUUACGCUCAGCAGAGACCCUACGGCCAGGAACAGCAAGCCAGCGACGCCAACCCGUUCAGAAGACCACCAGCGCCACCUGUCGUCGAGCAGAGACCAGCUGGCGACAGCAACCCAUUCAGACAAGGAAUGUACUAAUGGAGAUCAUGAGAAACACAGAUCAAGUAUCACAGAACAGUCUUCGAGACAAGCUUCCAGUUAAGAAAACGCGCGAUGGCCGAUCUCUGGGCGACCGCAGCGCUCCCUCGAGUCACUCUCGCGCGAACAGUGCGGCCAUCUUGUGAUCCGAAACUGUCGAACGAGACUUCCAAGAACGAUUACUUCGAUAAGGGACUCGAAAGCACGCGUUGGUAUUGGUUUUUUUCAGUGGGUAGUGUCCGGAUACUUCGUAGAUAUUUUAGACAAAAUGGAGGGACUUGAGUGGACGUGUUUCGACCGAGUUUUAUGCAUGCAUCUCGCGAAUAUUAAUUGAACGGGCAGUUUUGGAAUUUUGCAUAUCAUUCUUGCGAUGUUUAGCGAUCGAAAUUUGUUUUUCUCGACUUCAAUCACGCUUCUCUCGUUGGUAACAAUGAUAAACCAAGAGAAAAUGGACGGUAGAUGGGGAGGAACUAGUGCAGACCAGUCUCGAACAGUUUGGGAAUUUUAUUUUACGCAAAGGAAAUCGGGAACUUCAAUUUUUUUAUGAAAUAUGUCUUCUAUGAAUAUUGAUAACUAGUUUGUGGGUGUUUCGGGGGAAAAAUGGCGGGAAAUUUGAAUCGUGGAACGUAGCCAUUUCGUUUGCAACGUCGUAAUUGGUAAAUUUCGUAUAAUUUUAAAGUGUAUUGUAUUUUCGAAAUGAUGUGACAUGCACAAAAGUAGGAACAGGAAGAAAUAAACGUCCUUUAGAUGUUUAUGGAGAAAUAAGUAUCGGUGUGAUGGGUAUUCGCACGUUGUGGGUGUGACUUAAAGGGGUAUUCUGAUGGUGGAAAAACAGGGCCAUGUUUGGAAUUUUUUAAUGGAACAACCAUUCAAUAUUUCAGUUUUAAACUUUGCAGUAUUGUUUGUGCGUGUCUUGUUGGGUUACGUGAAUUUUUUCAGUGAAAAAUACGGCAUAGUUUUGGGUUAAAACGAAAGAAAUUGGCGAACAACACUGAAUUUUUGAAAUAAUUCUAGUUCGAACCAUUUUGGACCAUUUCAAACCAUUUCAAACCAUUCAAAAUUUCACUUUAGAACUGUGCACUAUUAUUUGAAUGUAAUUUUUUGAAAUAGUUUCAGAGAAUUUUUGAAGUAAUUCUGAUUUAAACCAUUUCGAACCACUCCAAACUAUUCCAAACCACUCCAAACCACUCAAAAUUUCACUUAAAAACUGUGCACUAUUAUAUAGAUGUAAUUCUCUGAUAUAGUUUCAGAGAAUUUUCGAAGUAAUCCUAAUUCAAACCAUUUCAAACCACUCCAAACCACUCCAAACCACUCCAAACCACUUCAAACCACUUCGAACCAAAGUUUUUACUGAAUAUCCCAAAAACCAUGAAGUUUCCAAGCAAUAUAAUUCCACUAUUUUCAAGAAUCCAAGCACUACAUUUAACAAAUAAAUUUUCCAAACAGUUUCAAGUAAAUUUUGAGAAAAAAACAAAGCAAAAUUUAACGUUCGAAUACCCCUUUUUGGAGAGAAUAAUCGCGACGAGGGCUUCCCCUAAGCAAGGACCUUCGUUCGCGAGUCGGGCACCAGCAAAUUUUUCGUUCUUAUCGAUUACGUUCGCGUUAGGUAUGCUGAACCGAAAUAUCAUAUCAUUAGUUGUUAAGGCGACAAGAACUCAGCUUCGAAGCUUUCUUGUAGGUAGUUGUAUAGACGAGAAGAAUAGUCUGCCUCAGAAAUGGUGUAACGAUAUGAACGAUAUAGUCAAAAUGUUACUAAAUCCCCUAUUGUUAAUAAACAAAUAUCGGGCAAUUUUAUACAAUUUCAUAUUAUAUAAUUUAAACAAACGCGAAGAGAAAACAUUAAAUAGAGGAUCGUCGAUAGAUUUUGGGUCGUUAUUCGUUAUUAUAUCAUUCACGAAUAACGAAUGAAAUCGAUUUAUUCGCGGUGAACGAAUUGAAAUCG